GCCUAUAGAUCAAUUACUUUUAAGUUCAAUUAAAGUUGCACGUGCCACACGAGCAAGCAGUUCUUAUCGUGCAAGUAACUUUUAUGUGAUGUGUUAUGUACAAAAAUUUUUAUUUCCGUUAGCACGUUAGUUUUAUUUUAUAAAUUUUAGUACUGGCUUUUUAUCGGCUUAUAGUGUGCAACUAAAUAUACUGUAUAAUAUACAAUUGUAAGUGAAGGGACAAGGUGAUGGUAUAAAUAGGUACUUAGAGGAAAGUUGGUCGUAUCUUUUUUUUUCCAAGACUGGUCUGAACAAUGACGGGCUCCAAGAUGCUGUUCGCAUGUUUGGCGUUAAUUGCUUUCCUGCAUCCAUUAGUUCACGUGGCGUCAGCUCAAGAAUGUACCACACCGGACAAUAAAGCAGGCAAGUGUCUCGGCAUCAGAGGAUGUAAACCGCUGCUGGAAAUGCUGCAGACUCAGGGCCAUGCAGCUGCCGAUUUCCUGAGGCAAUCAGUGUGUAAAUACGAGAAUAAUAAUCCGAUCGUUUGUUGUCCGAACGAAGAAAGCAGGGAGGACAGAGGAAUUUUGGUAGAGUAUGAGCCUUUGCGUCCACCACACUGUGGUUUUAGCAACGUCUCUCACACCAGGGUGGUCGGUGGUAACCCAGCUGUACUUGGUGCUUGGCCAUGGAUUGCUGCAUUAGGUUUUCGUUAUCCCCGAAACCCAGCUCUUGAACCACUAUGGAAGUGCGGAGGUUCUCUGAUAUCGUCUAGGCAUGUUUUAACUGCAGCACAUUGUGCAGAAAUCAAUGAAUUGUACGUGGUUCGUAUCGGUGACUUAAAUCUAGUACGAAAUGACGACGGAGCGCAUCCUGUUCAAAUAGAAAUCGAAUCUAAAAUAAUACAUCCUGAUUAUAUUUCCGGAGUAACCAAACAUGAUAUCGCCAUUCUUAAAUUGGUGGAGGAGGUGCCAUUUUCGGAGUACGUAUAUCCCAUUUGUCUUCCCGUAGAGGAUAACCUUCGAAAUAACAAUUUCGAGCGCUAUUACCCCUUCGUUGCUGGAUGGGGAUCACUAGCACAUCAUGGACCAGGUAGUGACGAUUUAAUGGAAGUACAAGUGCCAGUGAUUAGCAACACCGAAUGCAAGAACUCUUAUGCCAGAUUUGCUGCUGCACAUGUUACCGAUACUGUAUUAUGCGCCGGAUACACUCAGGGCGGAAAGGAUGCUUGUCAAGGUGACAGCGGAGGACCACUGAUGCUACCAAAGAAAUUCACCUUCUAUCAAAUAGGUGUUGUGUCUUAUGGUCAUAAGUGCGCCGCAGCUGGAUAUCCCGGCGUUUACACUAGGGUCACGUCGUACCUCGACGACUUCAUUCUCCCAGCGAUGCAAUAAUACGAUUAUUAAUGUUAUAUAAAUAUCAUUUUUCGUAUACGAAAAAUAAAGUUAAAUUUUCUUAUUGUGGAAAUAAGAGAUAGCUCAAAUUUGUAUUGCUUUGUACGUUAAGAAUUAUAGCCUUAAAAUGCACGUAAUGUAGCUUUGAAACGACACUAACUUCUUACGUACGCCGAAUCUGCACGACUUAGAUAUGUAAAGAUGAUAAAUGAACAUUAAUUAAAUUUCUAUUAAUUUUGAUAAUAAUAAAUCAACUUUCGCAAA